ACAACGCCGAUCGGAGUCCGGGACCAAUUCAGUCCAGUUUCGAACACCAAGGCGGUCGCAAUGCAUCCGGAACGCUACGCCAGUCCAAAUCCAUUGAUACCAUUGGUAAUCGCAGGCGCCCUGCUCUUCUCGAUGCUCUCGCAGGUGAGCGGCUACUCGGGACGAAUUCCACCGGAUGCAGAUAAUCCCGGGAAGUGCAUGUACCGCGGUGACGUCCUGGAACUGGGUGUCAACAAUGGCAUCGCUCCCUGCCAGCGACUGACUUGCAACAAGGAUGGAUCAAUACUUAUCGAGGGUUGCGGCAAACUGCGCAUCGAAAACUGCAACCGAGGCGAGCGAAUCUCUCCGGGUGAACCCUUUCCGGAAUGCUGCAAGCUGAGAUACAAGUGCAAGCAAAUCGGAGCGGCACCCUACUACAUCGAGCGGAAUACGGCGGAGAAGGUCUAGUGGGAUUAGCUGGGAUUAUGCAGGAUUAGCCACCGGGAGAAGAGGACCACCGAAGCCAAGGAUGCAAUGAAUCUUUCUUAGUUGCAACGUACAUAUAAUCAACAAUUUGCUAAUUUAUUUGUCAUCUUGUACUUCUCAAUAAGCACCAUGUUUUGUUUUUUUUUUUUUUUUAAUCGAUGUGUUUUCGUGGGUGGCUUUCGUGUUUCUUGAGAUGCAGCCAAGUUGUGGGCAACACAAAAACCACUUGGCGCCGUUAGUGAAACUGUUUUCGCCGGGCCAAAAGAAAUUGUUUAAUUACUGGGCCAACCCGCUCAUAAACAGCAAUUAAGGCGAAGCCCGCCCCCUCGAGUGUUCCUCAAGUGGCAGCAAUACCCGUAGCAGCACCAGUACACUCGAAAAAAUCGCAUACGCUUAAUAUAAUAAUAAUAGAAUAUUUUAUUAACCAACUGAAAU